AUGGCUGGCCAGGACUGGUUUCAUCGCUUCAUGCAAAGGAACAAAAAAUUAACUAUUCGGAAGCCGGAGGGUCUCACAAAAGCAAGGAUUGAUGGUAUGAAGAAGGAGAAAGUGACAUACUUCUUUAAUACUUUGGAAACAGUAGUAGAUAACAACAAUUUAAGAGGAAGACCUGAAUCCCAAAAAGGUGCUAAAGAUGUUGUCAGCAUGACCAGUGUUGAACGAGGUGAAAAUGUAACCGUCCUAGCCUGUAUAAAUGCAACAGGACAGUACAUACCUCCAUAUGUUAUAUUCAAAGGUGUACGUAAACGUUACGAUUUACUCCUAGGUAUGCCACCUGGUACUGAAGUGGCCAUGACAGAAAAGGGCUGGGUUACCGAAGAAGCUUUUAAGUUGUGGCUGCAACAUUUCAAUCGCUACCGGACCCCAGGAAAAGUAAUUCUAAUUUUGGAUGGACACGCGUCUCACACCACGCGGGGAAAUGGACCACAUAUAUGUGAAUUAUGUGCCGAUACUUAA